UUUCCCGAGAGCCUCCAGGGCGCCGUCAUGACGUUUUCGGAAACCGACGUCGAAUUCUCACUUGUGCGUGACAGGAGGAUCCGGUGGCACGCAGAGAGAGUCGAGGCUGCAUUCACUAUAAGACAGGAUGACCGGGUUACCCCGCAGGAUCGUUAAGGAAACCCAGCGCCUAAUGGCAGAGCCAGUUCCUGGGAUAAAAGCUGAGCCAGAUGACUGCAAUGCACGAUACUUUCAUGUUGUAAUUGCGGGUCCACAGGAUUCACCCUUUGAAGGAGGGACAUUUAAACUUGAAUUAUUCCUUCCUGAAGAGUACCCAAUGGCAGCUCCUAAAGUACGCUUCAUGACCAAAAUCUAUCACCCCAAUGUAGACAAGCUGGGAAGGAUAUGUUUAGAUAUCUUGAAAGAUAAAUGGUCUCCAGCCCUGCAGAUCCGUACAGUGCUACUAUCAAUUCAGGCUUUGUUAAGCGCACCCAACCCCGAUGAUCCAUUAGCAAAUGAUGUAGCCGAGCAGUGGAAGACAAAUGAAGCCCAAGCCAUAGAAACAGCCAGAGCGUGGACUAGGCUAUAUGCCACGAAUAAUGUCUAAAUUCUUCUUGAUCUCCCAAGUGUGCAUCAAAUCUUCUGUUCUGCCAAGACUUCUUCCUUUUUUGUUUGCAUUUAAUGGACACAGUCUUAAAAAAAAUAAAAAUACUGAAUAAUAAAAAACAAAAACAACAAAGCCCAGACAUGGUCAGUCUUUGGUGAUUAAAUGCACAGUAGCAAAUCUCAUGUCUUGUCCUAAUUCACUGUUGUACCGCAUGAGCAGAGGCUGUAGAUUAUCAUUAGCAUGUUCAGAAGAGGUGGCACUACCUCUCGAUCUCCAUUUUGGCAUUGAGUUCAGUUUAGGCCCUGGAAUGGAGAUGUUCUAGGUUAGUUGCAUCCUAAUUUUUUUCUUCUUUCCCUUUUUAAUGAAUGGGCACUUUCCUUUUAUUGUUCUGUGAAUGCAGCUAACCUGAACCCAGUGUAUUUGCCUGAUGUAGUCUGCUAGUGUAGACAGAGUAGGCGGACAAGCUUGAUUGAAGAACCAAUGGCGAAAUCAGGAGGCCGUAUGAUCUUGACCUUCACUAACCUCCUUUCUUUUGAGUGUUAAACCUUCCAAAGCUUGUGACCAUUUUGUAUGGCUUGUCUUGAAAAUCUGUAUAUCUUAUGUUUUAGUAAAAUAUUUUUUUUUGUUAUCCUACUUUUGCCUUUGUACAGUUUUUCUUUAUUUUUCUGUAAUGCUCAUGAACUUGACUAAAACAAGAAAAGUCCUCCUUCCCACAAAUGUCUUCUACAUUUAAGAAGACAACGGUGUACUCCUAGUAACCCGCAAACUUGCAGAAUAGUCCUCAGGUCUGGUGCUAUUGCAAAAUGUGAAUUUUAUAACUUUACUUCUCUUCUGAAAUUAUGUCAAGAAACAAGUCUCCAUGUGGUGAUAAAGCAGUUUCAGCAUUUGGGCCUUUAUUCUGGUAUUAUACUAGUACUUUAAUAAUGUUACUCCCCAAUUCCAGUCAUACCAGUAAAUGCCUAUUUCAGAAUACCCAGACCAGCGUGAGGCACUCCGAACAUUCUAUUGGUAGCAAAGAAUGUUGCAGUUGUGACUAUAAGAUUUUUGUUUACUGUGCUACUCUAUGGAGUUUUCUGUUUUUCUCAUCAUGUAGAUUCCCUUUUUCUAGGUUUACCGUACAUUAUAAAAAAUAAUAAUUUGAGACUGUGGUGUCCUUUUCCUUAAUUGAUUUACACUUAUUUGUGAACUGUGCUUUACAAAUGCAUUCAGCAUGAAGAUACAUGACCCUGCAAAGUAUACAAUGGGUUUAUGCUGUUCCUGUUUUAUAGACUUUUUUUUUUUUUUUUUCCCCAGUGUCAGCAAGUCUCCUUUCACACUAUAUGUUGUUCUGUUUUACAACGUCCCAUUAAGAAAACCCUUAAAAACAUCCGUUAAAAAAUCCCUCCGUCACAUAUAAUGUCCGUUAAUCAUAACGGGCUAUAAUGGGUGAUAACCUAUAAUCAAAAAAUCCCAGACUUGAAUGGGUUUUCUUAACGCGUCUUUAAAAUGGAGUGUGAAAGGAGCCUAACAGUUCAUACUACUGUAAGCAAAAUAUCAAUAAGAGACGAUCUGAUGGAAAAAAUGUUCACUGUGCAUGCAGUAAUAACCUCACACAUUAACCUAUGGGGCAUACAUCACCACCACUCACUCCCUGUGUGGUGGACGGCGUUGUACCCAUACAUUUUGCUGUAUUAUUGAAUGUUACUUAUGCCCCGAGUUGGCUCUGUCCCAGUUUAAAAGCAAGGUCUUGCGUUCUCCUAAAUUGAUACCAUAUGGAUAUAAGGUCCGAAAUUGAUUGAUAAUAAGGCUAUAUUGUACUGUUAUUCCUAGAGCAUCCAUCAAAGAAAAAGAAAACUUUCCAUUCUUCACAUUUCAGCCAAGAAGCACUCCUUGUACAGGCUCCUAAAGGGGUACACUGGCCAGCGUUUGGAAUUAAAUGUUUCGAGCGCUGUUCACGCGCUGCGGGGGUUGGCCACGUCCCUUGUGACGUCAUGACCACGCCCCCUCAAUGCAAGUCUAUGGUAGGGGGCGUGAUUACGUCACACCCUCUCCCAUAGACUUGCAUUGAGGGGGCAUGGUCAUGAUGUCACGAGGGACCUGGCCGACCCCCGCAGCACAAAAACAGUGUUCGGAACAUUUAGUUCCGAACGUUGGCUAGUGGAGUACCCCUUUAAAUACGUAGUCUGCAGGAUAGUUAAGAAUAUUCCAUGCAAGACAAGAGAUUGCACAUAGGGAGAUCAUGUCAAUUUUUCCUGCAAAUGGGAUAGCCCUUCCACAGAGAUCUUUAUUCCCGAACAUGUUCAACCCCAAUGUAAGACUUUGCAAAGGAACAUGAAGUGUAACUGGUGAUAAAGGUGUUUUGAAGGGGUCUUCCACAGUGUCUAUAUGAAAAGAAGGUGCAGGUAGAGCUUUAAAAGUCCAUUUCAGAAGGUCUGUGGAAGAUGUGGUCUUUGGCUUUGGAGCAUGACCCUUUCUCAUAAGGGUAGCGUUUUAUAUUCCUAUUAAGGAAAAACUGUUAAAAUGUUCUCUGUGCAGUGAGUUAAAGGGCUUGGCCACAUAAUGUAUAUUUUUUGAAAUGUGUUAGAAGCAGCUUUAUAUGCUUCUUAUAUCCAUCCAUCACUGUCCUCCAUUGAUAAAUGCUGCAUAUGUGAAACUAGAACAUGUGCUGUUUUUGGUCGUGUCUGGUUACAGGCCCCUCUGUCAGCAGCCAUGUUCAGGAUAGGAGUGCAGUGCAAUCCAUUAGGAAGACUGCAAGUAAGGGACGGUGCUUUUCAGGGGAAGAAAUUGGCACUUGUACUCUGACAUGUAUAUUAGUAAAUGGCAAAUGCUGUUUAGAACAUGUUUGUGACAAUAAAAUAAUAUGUCUGAUCAUUUUUAAGUUGAUCGUACAGGGGUUAGAAAAACAUAGCAGUGUUUUUUCAGAAACAGCGCCACUCUUGUCCUCUGUGUGUGAGUGGUAUGGCAUUUCAAUUCCAUUGACGUAAAUAGAGAAGAUUCUAAUACUACACACAAUUUGGGGGACAGAUGAUGUGCUGGUUUUGGAAGAAAGCAGUUCUGUUUUUCUAUUCCUGGAUAACCCCUUUACCUCUGAAUGCUACUGUGAAGCUAAGUGUAAGGAAAUAAUAAUGAGUGUAACUACAAAGUUGUAGUGGCAGGAGACACUUUUAAAAUGCCCAGAAACUGUGUAGUUUACAGCUGAAGCAUGCUGUCCACAGAAUUGCUGAUAGUCCCAUGGACUUGCAUAGGAUGUCUGGCAGCUGAGUAGACCGCCCAUGAGAGUUUUAAGUGACUUCUGCCACCACGACAACUUUGUUCUCUUUGUUCUCUAGUUGUUGUGUCGACUUUAUGCUUUUAAGAAGAAGAAAGUAAUUUUGACUCAAGCCUGAAUUUGUAGGAAAUAAAUAAAAACUGUGAAAACAAAAAUUGUCUGGUUUUGCCCAGACAACCAAUGACAGCUUAACAAGCUCUUGUAAAAUCUGAGCUGUGAUUGGUUAUGGGCAAAACCAGACAGUUUUUUUUUUUUUCCCCGUCUUUAUUGGUUCCAAAUGUUUUCAGGUUCAUUUUACAUACAACAUAUUUUAGUUUUGUGUUAAAAAAAAAAAAAAAACUUUUUAAAGAGGUUGUAAAUGAAAACAAGCCUAUCCCUGCAAAAAAAUAUAAAAAACAGAAUUUUAAUUUAUUUCAUGAGAUAAGCUCUGUGCAAAAGCCACAUGAACCACUCACAGAUCUGACUGUAAAUGUAAGCUGUGAAGCAGAUCUUUCCUUCUCCCACAGCAGGAAGUCUCAGCAAGAUUGCAAGCACAGUUCACAACUCCUUAAAGCCGAAUGAAUGUACCGUAUAUUCGUAUUGGAGGCACUCCACAGGUUUUUCCGACUGUUAGACAUUUUUAAAAUACACUACUGCACUAGCAUUUGAUGGUCACCACAUCUGUAUUUUUACACCAGACUUUUAAUUCCCCCCCCCCCCCCCCUAAAUUUUACUGCAAGUGGCAUACAAAAACUCUUACAGCUUUGAUGUCCAUCAACAUGUGUUUUAACUUACGAUUAUAUUGUUACAUUGAAAAUAACCUGCUAAACAAGCUACUAUCUAACAAUGUACUCAAAUGGACGUGUCCUGUCCAGACAUGUGAAAACCCCCUGCCAAGUGAUGUUUCUGCUGGAUAUAAAUGAGGCAUAUCCAGUGCAGAGUUUGUAAAUAAACAUUAAUGCAGAUUUGUAACCUAGGAAGUAGUCUGCUAUUGUUUGGAUACGUUUCCUGCAUGCAAGUCCAUAUUUUGUGUGAUGUCUGACUGCUCAGAGACCCUUAUGUUCAUGGUUUUGGCCAGACAUGAGACGUAACCUUUUCAGAAUGCGUUCUUUCAUACGAUAGUGUCCUGUGAAAUGGGUUGAAGUUCUAAUUGUGCAGUUUCUCAUCAAAAUUUCUGUAUGUUAAUUCUUUAACUUAUUGUAACACUUUGUAAUGGCUGAAAAAGAAUGUACAAUAGGUCUUCUCCUAUAAUGGCAUGUCUUAAUGUAAGAUAACAUUGCAAAUAAAAGGAAGAAAGUG